UCUUGCAUGAACCCGGUGCACGUGCACCCGUUUGCAAGCCAUGCACGGGUGCCGGCGGGUCCCGCGCUUUCCUAUCUACUAGAGAGCAUGUUUGCUCCCCCAGUGGCGGGCACCACUCCCUCCGAAGAAAUCCAGCCGGGGCUCUGCCAUCAUCCGUCGGCGGUGGGGGCGGCGGCUCCGAGUAAAACAGUCUCAAGCUAUGUCGGCGGUGACGAGCCUGACUUCACUCUCCUUCCUUCACCGUGCUUCAUCUCCGCGCACUACCUCGCUCCCUGCGAUCGCUCCCUCUCUUUCGUACCCUCGCGUCUGUACGAAAUUAGCAUCGACGGUCACCUGCUGCUCGUCCUCUUCUUCUUCGUCGCCGUCGUUGUCCGCAUCCGUAAAUGGUGGAGUAGAGAGGAGGACUGUCUCCGAGAGGAGCGCGAUUCGCCUCGGCUUGCCUAGUAAAGGCCGUAUGGCUGCAGAUACUCUCGAACUUCUCAAGAACUGUCAACUCUCAGUCAAGCAGGUCAAUCCUCGUCAAUAUGUUGCAGAAAUUCCCCAGCUCUCCAACUUGGAGGUCUGGUUUCAGCGGCCAAAAGAUAUCGUGAGAAAAUUGUUGUCUGGAGAUUUAGACCUGGGAAUGGUAGGCCUCGAUACAGUUGGUGAAUAUGGAAAGGGAAGUGAUGAUCUUGUUAUUGUUCAUGAUGCCCUUGGAUAUGGGGAUUGCCGUCUGUCUCUUGCGAUUCCUGGAUAUGGGAUCUUUGAGAACAUAAAUUCACUCGAGGAGCUGGCACAAAUGUCUCAAUGGAGCGAAGAGAGGCCUCUGCGAGUUGCCACUGGCUUCACUUAUCUCGGGCCUAAAUUUUUGAAAGAAAAUGGAGUGAAGCACGUGAUCUUUUCAACUGCAGAUGGAGCUCUCGAGGCUGCCCCCGCGAUGGGUAUAGCUGAUGCAAUAUUGGACCUUGUGAGUAGUGGGACAACUUUGAGAGAAAACAACUUGAAAGAAAUUGAAGGUGGAGUGGUGCUAGAAAGUGAGGCUGUACUUGUUGGAAGCAGGGAAUCUCUGACCAAGCGAAAUGGUGUGUUAGACACGACACAUGAGAUACUGGAAAGAUUUGAGGCACACCUGAGGGCAAUUGGUCAAUUCAUGGUGACUGCUAACAUGAGGGGAAGUAGUGCCGAGGAAGUGGCUGAGCGUGUUCUGAGCCAGCCAUCAUUAUCGGGGUUACAGGGACCGACUGUCAGCCCCGUUUUCUGCAAAAGCAGUCAGGCCGUUCAGGCAGACUACUAUGCAAUAGUCGUAUGUGUUCCUAAAAAGGCUCUUUACAAGUCCGUGCAGCAAUUGAGAGCGAUCGGAGGUAGUGGAGUCCUAAUUUCUCCUCUGACCUACAUCUUCGAUGAGGAGACUCCAAGAUGGAAGGAACUUCUCUCAAAACUUGGGCUUUAGCUAUUCACGGUUGACGUCUUAACACUCCGAGGUGAUAAUUUGCAGGAACGAUAAUGGAGCGUUAUGUACUCGCUGGAGCUGGUCACAUCGGAAUCUCAGGUUUCUCAUUUUAUAGGUUCAGUCGAUUCUUUGUUCCGCUUAAAGAGUGUAGAAAUUCUGUGGAUUUUGUUGCAACAAGAUGACAUGUUGCACUGCUCAAUUUCAGUAGUAGAUUUUUUUGUUUUUGUUUUUGCAUAAAUUCUCGGAUCGUAAUAAUUAUAUGAAGAACGAGAUUGAGGAUGCAUUCGAAUACAUUCGCAUAUCCAUA